UAUUUGUUUCUUAUCGAGCUGUCUCUUGCGAUCAGUUAUCCAUACGCUAAACUGCUUCAUAAUCGCUAUCACAGGAAACUGUUCAUCUUUUCGUCGGUCAUUCUAAUCACUUUGCUAGCAACAUGGCAACAACGGAUGCUGUGUGGCUAUUUGUUUGGUGAUGAGCCGGAUGGAUAUCCUCCAAUAUACAAUGGAGGCAAUUGCAAACCACCCAUCGCUGUGCAACAAUAUUACGACUUCUCGGAACGUGUAGCUGAUCAACAACCGUAUCCAUAUCCUUGCCAGUUAUCCGCGGAACAACGAGAUCGAGCGCUAACUACGAAUAUUUACCUUUUUGAAACCUUGUCAUACGACCCCCCUGCCAAAUAUAUCGCUGACCCGCUGAUCAAGAAGCAUUUUCGCGAUAAUCGAACAAAUGUCACAUAUUCUGCGCAGAGCACUGGAUUUUAUAAAGACUGCCUGAUACGUUUGCCAACGAUUUUGUAUGUAUUCACGAAUUUAAUGUGUGAAAAAAGUUAUUUGCAUGGAUCGGGAAAAACGACUGUUGCGCUUGUUGGAAACAGUUUUGCAAAUCGCGCUGCGCCUUCUCUACUUGCUGCCUUGGGAGAUUCGUUCAAGGAAAUGCGAUAUAUUUCACAGCACGGUUGUAACUGGUACUAUGGUUCCGAAUUUCCUGGAAAUAUUUGUUCAAAAGUGCUGAAUGCUACACUUGCACUGCUUGAAGAAGCACGGCCGGACGUUAUUUUCUACGUGGUCUUGUGA